AAACUUUACAAAGUAUUAGAAUUAUUAAAUUUUUUGCUUGGGAAGAUAAUUUCAUUUCAAAUAUAAUGAAAAUAAGAGAAGAAGAGUUAACUUACUUAAAAUGGAGAACUGGUGUUUGGUGUUUUGGUGCUUUCGUUUGGUUCAUUACCCCUACUUUAAUCACUUUACUUUCUUUCUACGUAUAUGUCAUAAUCGAAGGUAAUACCUUGACUGCUCCAAUUGCGUUCACCUCAUUGUCCUUAUUUACUUUAUUGAGAUCCCCAUUAGAUCAAUUAUCAGAUAUGACUGCUUAUGUUAUACAAUCAAAAGUUUCCGUUGAUAGAAUUGGUGACUUCUUAGAAGAAGAAGAAACUUCAAAAUACGAGCAAUUGGGCCAAGAAAAAGGUCCAAAUUCUCCUUACAUUGGUUUUGAAAACGCUUCUUUCUCUUGGAAUGAAUCUUCUGCAGAUGACUUUAAAUUGAGAAAUCUUAAUAUCGAUUUUAAGGCUGGUAAAUUGAAUGUUGUUAUUGGUCCAACUGGUGCAGGUAAAACAUCUUUAUUAUUAGCCUUAUUAGGUGAAAUGAAUUUAACAAGUGGUAAAGUUUUCUUACCUGGUAUCAUUCCUAAAGACGAAUUGAUCGUUGACCCUGAAACUGGAUUGACUGAAUCCGUUGCUUACUGUUCUCAAUCUGCUUGGUUAUUGAAUGACUCAAUCAGAAAUAAUAUUACUUUUUCUGCUCCUUUCAAUCAAGAUCGUUACGAUAAAGUAAUUGAAGCCUGUGGUUUGACCCGAGAUUUACAAAUCUUAUCUGCUGGUGACUCUACUGAAAUUGGUGAAAAAGGUAUUACUUUAUCUGGUGGACAGAAACAAAGAGUUUCUUUGGCUAGGGCUUUAUACUCUAAUUCUAGACAUAUUCUUUUAGAUGAUUGUUUGUCAGCUGUCGACUCACAUACUGCUUUAUGGAUUUAUGAAAAUUGUAUUUCAGGUCCUUUGAUGCAAGGCAGAACUUGUAUUUUAGUCUCGCACAAUGUUGCUUUAACUGUUCAAAAAGCUGAUUGGAUUAUCGUAAUGGAUAAUGGUAAAGUAAAAACACAGGGUGUUCCUGAAGAGUUAUUAGAUAGUGGCGAAUUAGGUGAUGAUGAAUUGGUUAAGACAUCAGUAUUAAAUUCUCGUAAUCAAUCAACAACUAAUUUGAAAUCUUUGGAAGACAAGAACUCGAACUUGAAAGCCAAGGCUGCAACAAUUGAAAAUAAAUUGAAAGCUUUAGCUGAACAAGAAAAUCCUGAAGAUGCUCCUGUGAAAUCUGAUGGUAAAUUGGUCGAGGAAGAGUUCAAAUCCGAAGGUGUUGUGGGAUUAAAUGUUUACAAAGGAUAUGCUAAAGUAUUUGGUGGCUGGCCUACUUGGACUGCUGUCUUAUUUGCAUUCAGUGCUUCUCAAGGUGCUUAUAUAAUUCAAUCAUGGUGGUUGAGAAAUUGGUCCUUAAGCAGUGAAAAGUCUCAGGUAAUGAAUGUUUUGUCAUUAGUAGGUAUCAGCAAUGUUUAUGAUGGUACUCAGGUAUCAGGCUCACCUUUGAUUCGUACUUUUAUUGGUGCUUAUCAUCAUAUCAGCCAAGCUUUCACUACUUUAGAAACAUAUAAAGAAGAACAUUCUACUAUGUAUUACAUCUUAAUUUAUGGGGCAAUUGGUAUUAGUUAUUCUAUCUUGGCUUCGUUCAGAGUUUAUGUGACAUUUUUCGCCGGUAUCACUGCAUCUAACAGAAUUUUCAGACAAGUCUUGGAUAAGGUUAUGAAUGCUAAAUUAAGAUUUUUUGAUAAGACCCCUCAAGGUCGUAUUAUGAAUAGGUUUUCUAAAGAUAUUGAAGCUGUUGAUCAAGAUUUGACCCCAUGUUCCGAAGGUGUUUUCAUAUGUUUGGUUCAAUGUGUAUCAAUUUUAGGUCUUAUUAUCUUCAUCACCCCUGGUUUUGUCAUUUUUGCUUUUAUCAUUGCUUACUUAUACUAUUUGGUUGGAAUUUUCUAUAUAACUCUUUCCAGAGAAUUAAAGAGAUUCGAAUCUAUAACCAAAUCCCCAAUCCAUCAACAUUUCUCCGAAUCAUUAGUUGGUGUGGCUACGAUUAGAGCAUACGGUAUUGAAAAGAGAUUCAUGAAACAAAACUUGAAAGCAAUUGAUGAAAACAAUAAGCCAUUUUUCUACUUAUGGGUUGCUAAUAGAUGGCUAGCUUUCCGUAUUGAUGCUGUUGGUUCAUUGGUCAUGUUUUUUGCUGGUAUUUUCGUUUUAUUGUCUGUUGGUAGAAUUGAUGCUGGUUUAGCAGGUUUAUCUUUAUCAUACGCUAUUGCCUUUUCUGAAAGUGCUUUGUGGAUUGUUCGUCUUUACGCUGGUGUUGAAAUGAACAUGAAUUCAGUUGAAAGAUUGCAAGAAUAUCUUGAAAUCGAAGGAGAACCUGCAAGAGAAAUUCCUGAGACCGAACCUCCUUCAACAUGGCCAGAGAGAGGUGAAAUUCAAGUGAAUGAUGUUUCUUUAAGAUAUGCCCCAGAAUUACCAAGAGUCAUCAAAAAUGUUACUUUCCAUGUUGAACCUAAUAAUAAAAUUGGUAUUGUUGGUCGUACAGGUGCUGGUAAAUCAACCAUCAUCACUGCUUUCUUUAGAUUCUUAGACCCAGAAAGUGGUUCUAUUGUUAUUGAUGGUGUUGAUAUCACCAAGAUUGGUUUACGAAACUUACGUCAAGCCAUUACAAUCAUUCCUCAAGAUCCAACUCUUUUCACUGGUACUAUUAGAUCCAAUUUAGAUCCAUUUGAUCAAUACGACGAUAAUCAAAUUUUUGAAGCAUUGAAGAGAGUUAAUUUGAUUACUGCAAAUGAGCCUAAUCUUGGUGAAAUUAACGAAAACCAAAAUAAAUUCUUGAACCUUUCUUCCACCGUUACUGAAGGAGGUAACAACUUAUCUCAAGGUCAAAGACAAUUGAUGUGUUUAGCCAGAUCAUUAUUGAAAAGUCCAAAGGUUAUCUUACUAGAUGAAGCCACUGCUUCUAUCGACUAUAAGUCAGAUGCAACCAUUCAAAAAACUAUUCGUGAUGAAUUUUCAAGCUCCACCAUCCUUACCAUUGCUCACAGAUUAAGAUCUAUUAUUGAUUACGAUAAAAUUUUGGUCAUGGAUGCUGGUAAAGUCGUUGAAUACGAAGAUCCAUACGUAUUGAUCGCAAAUAAGAAUUCUUUAUUCUACAGCAUGUGUGAUAACAGUGGUGAAUUGGACGCAUUGACAAAAUUGGCAAAGGAAUCAUACGUUGCAAAAAAGAACACUAAAUCCCUGUCUAAGUAAACUCAACUAAUAAUUAAUCCAUACUUUAUUUAUUCAUUUAUUUCUCUUUUUUGAUUGCGUUCUUUCUUGAAGAAAAUCCCGCUAUCUCUGGCGUUAUUCCCUUUCUAUCUGCUUUAAAUAUUUGAUUGACUGGUGAACAACCA